CGCCCGGCCCCUCACACCGCCCGGCCCCUCACACCGCCGGGCCCGGCCCGAGCAACCCGAGCUCCGGAGAAACGGCGACUUUGGGAAAAGCGCAGCUGGAAACCUGAGGGGAGUGUGUGGGGAAAGCAGCGGCUUUGUGAAAAAGCUCGCUGGUUUCACGCCGCGCGGCUGUGAAAAGUUCCUGAGGAAGCGGCUGAGGCGGCAGAGGAGCGGCAGGACUGGGGAGAGCGGAGGGUUUGGGACGGCGUUAAAGGAAACCCGGCAGCAUUUGGGACAGCGGCAAAGGAAACCCGGCGGGUGUCUGAGUGGAUUUGCAAAGAAAAAUAGCCCGAGUGUCAAAAAGAGCGGGUUUUCAAGGAAAAAUAAAGUUCCGAAUCGCGUCGGUGAGGAGGCGAGUGCCGGUGCUGAGAGGACAGCGUUAUCCCGGCGGUUCCAUGGCUGCACGGCGCUGGAGUGGUCUCCCCUUUGGGAAUCUCUCUGAUUGUCCCAAUGGCUCCCGCUGGAUCAUGGAUGUGUUCAAUGAGUGUGCCCAGGACAGCCGGGAUGUCGCCAGCAUCGUCCUGGGGCUGGGCUCCAUCGCCUGCUUCAUCGCUGCAGCCUUCCCGCAGUUUUACCAGGCCUGCAGGACGGGCAUCAUGGACCAGGCUCUGUCCAUCUAUUUCCUGCUGGGAUGGCUGGGCGGAGACCUCCUCAACCUCAUCGGUUCUUUCCUGGCUGAUCAGCUGCCCCUGCAGGUGUACACGGCCAUCUACUACGUGCUGGCAGACCUGGGGAUGCUCUCCCUCUACUGCUACUACCGGGUGAAGAACAGGGGCAGAGCGUUCCCUGCUCCCAUCAACUCUGCCUUCCUGUUCCUCUCCGUGGGGUCCCUGGCCAGCCUCUCCCUCCUGGGCAGGGCCAGCACCGAGGAGCCCGCCUCCUUCAAAGGGAGAUCUCUGCUCUCAGCUCCCCGGGGUGAGCUUGGAACAAAGCCUUUCUCCAGGACUGAAAUCAUUGGAUUUACCAUCGGCUCCAUCUCCUCCGUGCUCUACCUGUGCUCCCGAGUGCCCCAGAUCUGCACCAACUACAAGAGGAAAUCCACCAGCGGUGUCUCCUACUCUCUCUUUGCCCUGGUGAUGCUGGGGAAUUCCCUGUACGGCCUCAGCGUCCUCCUGAAGAACCCAGAGCCAGGCCAGGGCCAAGGUGACUACAUCCUGCACCACCUGCCCUGGCUCGUGGGCAGCCUGGGCGUCCUGGCCCUCGACCUGGUUAUCUCCUUCCAGUUCCUGGCGUAUCGGAAAGGCCGGCCCAGAUCCCUGGAGGAGAGGGAUGCUCUCCUUGGGGAGCAGGAUGAGAGCCCAGAGAGCUGACAGAGGGCCCUGCCCCACAGGGAGAGGAGGAGGAGGAGGAAGGUGGCCUUAGGACCAGGCAGACUGGCCCCCCCGUCCUGGUGGCUCCUGGCAGAAGAGGCCCCGAGCCCGCUGUGCUGCCCAGGAGGUGGCAGAGGACACUGCUGGGACACCUCGUGCCUCAGGGGUGCUUUCAGGAUAAAAGGGAAUUUUUGGGUGGCUCAGUUGCUCUUCCCUGCUCUGGUUCCCCACAGCUGAGCCUGGUCACGGCUGCGUCUCCCAGGGGUGAUCUGGGACUUCCUUGGUGCUGAAAAACGUGGGGAGGGGACAGGGAGGAGUGACCUGGCACAGACACGAGCACCGCUGUGACCUCACAACUCCCCCUCAGCUCCUUCUGGAAAACACCCCGGGCUGGAUCCAGUGGGGAAGGAGUGGAGAACCAAAGCCUUCAGUCCACACCUCUUUUAAUUAGCACGGCUCACCCACCUAUAAAACACAUCCUUCCCCACCUGCCUCCCUUGGUUUCAUUUUGCUGCUUUACCUGGCAGCUCCUAACGAGUCUCACACUCCCAUUUCUCUGACUUCUCAUUUUUUGCCUCACCCAUAUUUUAAUUGCACGGAUUCCUCAGGGAAGUUGCUCCAUUGCUGUUCCCCAGCAGAAGAGCUGCCUGUGCUCACUCUGGUUUUCAGUUCCUGCCCUCUCUCCUUGAUGAAUUUAUCAACUUGAUGAAUUUAUCCUCAACCUGUUGAGUUCAUCCCCAGCACUGAUGAGUUUAUUCCCCUCUAGGGGCCCUGAACUGGGCUCAGGGAAGGGUGGGAAGCAGGGGUGGUCUGGAAAAAGCUGUGUCCCCAUCAGGAGAGAGUGGAGGCAUAGCCAGGCUGUCUCCUGAGUGCUGAGCUCUUCCUGCUGGGCAUGAGCAGCUCAAUCUCCCUGGGUAAAACCAACCAAAGCUUGGACACCCUUCAGGAAAAACUGUCACAGCUUGGCCUUGUGAAAACAAGAGUUUUCCUUUUCCUCAGUUGCAAUCAGCUCUUCCUUUUGCUUCCCUUUGCCCUCUCCUGAUCCCCAGCAUCGUGUCCCUUUUGGCUUUGGCUGCAUUUGCACUAAUUUGUGAUUCCUCAGCCAGUCCAUGACGUUUGUCCUUCCCAAGGAAGUUGCUCUGCUUUUUGUCCUCGCACUGAGGACACCAACCCAAUGGAUCUCACAUGAAAUGGGGUUCCAGCUGCUCAGUGCCCACCUGCCCAGCAGCAGGUUCACUCAAACAAGCUGGGCCAGGGCUUGGGGCUGAGCCAGCUGUUUUCAGAAGGGAAAUGUAGAUUUCAGUCUCUCUGAGCCCCUUGAAGUGAGUGGGUUUUUACUGGCUUAAUUCACCAUUCCUUCCCUGUCUUUCCCUGGGAGUUGUAGAACAAUUCCUACCCAGUUUUAAUCAUGAGCAAACCCCUCAUCUCUGCCCCUCACAACACUGAAUGAUUGUCACAUGCUGGCUUUUCCUAAACCUGGACAAAGCAGCUCAGCCCUGAGGAGGAAAAAGCCCAUUUUACAUCUGUAUCUGUAUUUAUCUGUCUGUCCCCACAGAGUUAGGUACAAAGCUGAUUUACUCUGCCUUUACUCAGGCUGGGCAGAUGGAGCAACACAGAGUUUACACACCCACAACCACCUCAGGAGGGGCUGGGAAUUCCUGAGGCUCCCCCCGAGGUUCCCAUCCCUCCCCAGGCACCGCUGCUGCCCUGUCCCUGUGCUCGGGGUUCUGCAGAGCCAAAUGUUAAAGCAGAAAGGGCUGAGCAGGAACAACCACCCCUGAGGGAAACUGAGAACCUCUCCAGGAGUCUCCAGCUUCAGGGGAGCUUGGUGUUGGGAUAGAACCCUGAGACAGCAGCACAAUUCCAGUGUUCCCUGGCAAAUCCCAUCCUUUCCCAGCCCACGUCCCUUCCACAGGCUCUGGGUCAGCUCUGGCCGCCUGCAGGAGUCUGGGUGGGACCCAGCCACGGUAACAAAGCAAAUUAGAGCACAUUAAUUAAUCAGUACCGACUUAACAGAGGGCAAUUCCCAGAGCCAGGGCAGCAGGAGCCUGGCAGAUCCACCCCAGCACCCUCCCCAGGGCUGGACACACAGGAACCCCCCAGGCUUAAAUCUGAUAUAAUUGGGAUUGAAUCAGGAUAAAAAUCAGGAUUUUUUUUAGCACAGCCAUGCAGAUCCUUCUCCCCUAAAUAUGAAAUAUGUAUAUAAAUGUGGAUAUAAAUCUGCUGGGUGCCUGGAGCAUCCCUCAACCCCAGCACCUUGGAGAGGCAGCAGGGCCAUCACACCCCCUUGCAGACAAACAUUUCUGGAUGUGGGACAAAAAACAAACCCCAAGUGACCCAAGGAAGGAAAGAGAAACAAGAAGGACACAAUCACACACACAUCUUCCUGGGAUUUUUUUGGUUUUUAUUGUUUUAGUCUUUUUUUUUUCCUUUUUUUUUCCAUUUUUUUUUAGUAUGGAGGCUCAAGUAUCAGAUGUAGAUUCAAUUUAAGCUUUACAAAAAAAACAAAAAAAAAAAUCAAAACAAAAACCCCUUUUGCAUUCCAUAAAAAUU